GUUUCGAGUGAGGUUGGCAAAAGUUUACGUGCUAGAAUUCCAGCGUGUCUGUAGCAGCCACUUGGCAUGCAUUACAACAAGAAAGCCUACAGUUCACAUCCUUCGCCGGUUCACGCCACACGCCACGCUGUGGCGAAAGGAAGGAGAAAGCACAUUGCUAAUACAGACUUUACCCGCAUUCCGGAAUCCAUUGUGAGUGUAUCUGGAAGUAGAUUGUUCGUGCGUUCUUUAGAGGAACGGUAGAGACUCACGGAAGGCAGUGGGUUAGUCAUUUGGUUGUUUGAAUUGUUGUGCAUUCAUUCCCAAUCAUGAACACGGGAGCAGUGGAUGUGUUUUGCAAACAACUGUGCGGUAGUUGGUGUUUUAUUGGUGUAUUCGGUUAACCCAUAGCGAUAUGACAUGCCUCCAUUCAAUGUGAACAACAUGUGUGCCGACCACUUGUUCUACGUUAGCCGGGCGGAUAUUUUCUCCGUAUACCCGACAAUCCUGCAGGAGAUUCUGGUGCUAGAGGAACUGUUUCGGGCAAAAAAAGUUACGGCCUUCCGUACUACCAUUAGUACAGAGAAGGUGCAAUUGCAACUCCCGAGCGAGUUUGACUGGCAGUUAAAGCAGUACUUUCGACUAUUGGAGCAACAGAAGAAAAUCAAUGCCGCUGAAGAUAGUGGAAUCCAGCUAAAAACCUCAAUAGAUCUCAAGGAAACCACCCUCUGGGAAUCGACAGUUAAAUCAAUCGAAGAACUGUCUCCUUUUUCAUCGCCCUCCCCCGGAGACUCGAGCUCGACUCUCCGCCGAAAGCGACGCCGUUGCUAUCUGGACAAUCCAAUCGACUUUUGCAACAUCGACGAGUACAACCAGUGGCGUUUGGAGGAUAUUGCGCGGGCAGGAAAACUGUUGAAAAAUCCUCCCCAAGAAGUUUCGUUUGAUGAUGAAUUCGUGAUGCGGAAGGUUUACUCCAUGAUCUACGACGUGUUUCGCUUCAAAUUAGUUCUGCAGCAGGCACUCAAAAAUAUCAAUUUCUAUGAAAAGCAUCCACAGUUACAGCACGAGACAACACGAGUAUGGCUACUUUUAUACGAUAUGUAUCUUCGCAAAUUUGCAAAACGGGAGCCCGAGAUGAUAGCAUUGAAAAAUGUACUCUUCAAUGAAGCCUGUUUACUAGAAAUCGAGAAAUGUUUGGAAAUUCACAACGUUAAAAUCGCAGCCGCUCUAACACGGAUCCGCAUUCAGAAUAGUGCCUACAGUCUAAUUACAUUGCUUCCACCACAUCUUCAGGAUGAGAAGGUCGCCGCUGUGGUUUCGAAUCCCAUCGUAACCGGGUGGAUCAAUACGUUUCGUAUAAGAAACAAGAAUCAGGCCAGUGACUUGCUCAGCUCUAUUGGAUUGCUGGUGAUUGAAGAACCGGUUCCGUCAGUUUCGAGUUUACUGACAUCGAACAACCCCAAACAAAUUAUGUAUAUUCCGCUAUCUGCUGGAAGGUACAAAUGGGAUAAAUUGUGUCCGCAGGUGAUAUCAAUCUUUCCAGAAAACCGAACUGAAUUCAUCCGAUCGGAAAUUUUCCAACGACACGAAAUGAUCAUACAGGAUCGUUCUUUCACGAUUGGACCCACGAUCUUUACAAACUUAUUGGAGUAUUACGAACUUACUGGGGACGUAGUGCAGACACACAUCUCAUCGCCGAGAUCCACUGCCUAUUUAGCAUCGCUUCUGUUCAACAGUCGAAGAGUACGAAACUUUCUUGCGUUCGGCUGCGGUAGCAAACUGAACGACUACAGGCAGUAUAUGACCGCCCUAGGAGUUAAUAAUGUCAAACUAUACGCAGAGAGCUUCAUCGAUAUCCCGCAUGGUGCUGGUAUGAUUGAACGUGUGGUAGGUAUUCUCGCCAACCCACCAAGUUCGUACUCUGCUGUUAGCGAUCCAAUCGAUUUGAUAUGCAGUCGAGGAGGUGAUCUAUCAAUGUUAGAGAUGCUAUCGGAAUCGGAAAUGACGAACGAAAGCAAGCAACGAGUUGCGAAGUUACUGGUGGAACAACGAGAAACGCUAAAACACUGCAUGUCUAGACCGCAGGUACAAAUUGUUCUAUACCAGACUCACUCGGUUGUGGAAACGGAGAAUGAAACCAUGGUUGAAAAGGUGAUUGAGUAUAUCAACCAGAAAGUGUACGAGGUGCAUGUGCAAGCAGCCAAGGAACGAGAAUUGGCUGCACUAGCGGAAGCUGCUGGUAAUCAACUCGUGAACAGAUUGCUUGGUCGACAGGAUACAAAUAAAACUAACAAAACGGAAGAAUUUUGUGACAACCAAUCUGAAGUGGAUGGUGAUUCUCAGAAGACAUCUGUAGAAGACGUUGAAGUUCCAUUAAGUGAUCAAUUCGAAACGUCUGAGAUUCCAGACUUUUGCUCGAAUCACGACAAUUGUCUAAGCUUCGCAGAGGACGGCCUUUUCUUGUCCUUAAUAAAACGAAAAGAAGUCAUUCGUCUAGACUCCAAAUAUCUCAUCAAAAUUGCAGAGGUUCGUGGAAUUUUUGGCAAUAAUAACACUAAUCCCGAGUUCAGAACAAACGUAAAAGUGACAAAACGACAGGAUAAGAAAGCCGAGGAACGUGAAGCAAUUGAGCUUGAAAAUCGCAAGCGUCGUAGCAGUAAUAUGGACUCGCUAAUCAGUCGGUUGAUAGCACCGACCCAAGCAUCUCUGAAGCGGGGACACCAUCAUCGAGUAUCUUCAAUGGAACACAAAUUCAUGUACAUUGAUCCGUGCCAGGAGUGGUGUCCGAGGUUCGCGGCUGUUCGAAGCGAGUAUAAUUUAUCGGUAUUAAGUGAUGAGAAACUUUCACAUCAUUCGACGGACAUGAUACCACGUGCUCGCAUCUGGUGGAGAGAUACAAUCAAGUACGUACGUCAGCGCAAUCGUUUGGUAAAGCAACAACAUGAAAUGAGAACAUUAGGGCCAUUGCUACUCAAGAGACAUUUUGCCCAUUGCAAAAAUGGUUAUGAGAUGGAAUACCCAAAAAGGUUUCGGAGUAGUUACUACAACAGAGCACCCUAUCCACUUCCGAUCCGAAUGCUGGAGUUUCGACAGUACAACUCGGAGAAUUUUUUGUUAUACGAACGUGACGACAAUCAAUGUAAAUCCAAAGCCAAGGCAUCUAGACUCAGCCGACAGAACGCCAUCACGAGUGGAUUUGGCCGUCAGGUGAGGGUCCGUUCAUCAAGGUCUUGUUAGAAAACGGCCACCAUGUUCUAAGUUGACAAUCAAAGUAAACCAAAUUCGUAUGUGAAAUGAAUUAUUAAAUAA